ACUGAAACAUUAAUUUCCAGGUCUCUGAGGAACAGGAUAGCUACCAGAGUGGAUAUACUCUGCACUUUCAAGAAGGACUCCUCCAAUCAUGUCCUGGACAAAAAGGUGGUUUACUGGGAGCUGACUGAGCAGCUCUGUAGAAGAAAGCUAAAACACCUGGUUAUAGACAAUGAUAGCCUCAUUGUCAAUGGGUAUCAACAUAAGCUGCCAGGAAUCAGAUCGACAAAGAGAAGUGAGGUUGGUGUAGGAGCUGUCAACCAUAUCCCCGACCAUGGAGCACCAGGAGACAUCAAGACAUCACUGACUAGUGGCCUCCUGAUUCGUGAAUCCAUUGUAUAUUCUAUAGGAUUCCCUACUGAGACUUCAGGGACACUGAAGAAAGUGAGUGGAUCUCACCAGGGAAGAGAACCAACAGACUCCACCAGUAUCCCUAUGACUGGCUUUAAGGGGAGAAAUUCCAUUACAGACACUGAAAGAGACAUAUGUGUCAUGGAGACAACUCUAAGAGCCACAGCUACUCAAGCCCCACUUCUCACUGUGCACACUGGAGCAGGUGACCUCAUCCCUGGGAUGCACAGGAGAACUGUGUCCUCUCCCACUUCACCCUCAGCUCCAAGUGAGAUAUCCUCUGGAGUCACCAUGGCCAUUGCAAGGCCCUCACUCUCCAUGACUCCAGUAGAACCCACAGCUAGCCCUGGCUCCAGUGGUCCCUUGAACAUCAGCCUAUCUGGGACAAUUUUUUCUACACCCCUUGCAGAAACACCUAUAGCUGAAAUAGCUCCUGGAGAGAGUUCCAGCACCCCCCCUUCUCUAUGGUCCACUUCAGUUGAUUCUUUCAAUACUGUUGGCUCAGCCCCAGGAACUGAAAUCACCUCCAUUGUGCCUCUAUAUUCACUUCCAACAGCCUCAAGUGCCACAGAAACCACACCAAAUCCUGAUUUGUCAGUGAGACUUAUCACACUAGGGCCAGGCUCAGCUGCCCUAACUUCCACUGCUCCCACCAUCAUUCCAACACCGUCUGAGGAAGACAUAAACACCUCACUGGUGUCUAUAGAAGGACCAACAGAAGAUAAAACAGCGUCCAGCACCUUCCCAGCAAAUGCAGACACGCCUGGUAUCACUCACAGGGAGCACUUCUUCACAGGUCCUGGAGUAACAUUUCAACCUGACAUGGCCUCUACUUCUCUGCCCAAUUUAUGUGAAGGGAUCAGUUAUUCCAGAAAUAUCCCCUCACCCUCUUUAGGGAGUAGGAAAAGCACUGCCAUGAUUGGAGUCUGGACAAGCCCAGCUGAACCUCACACUGUGGAGCCUAAGAAGCCCACCCCUGCUGAGGGUUCCCUCUGUAUUGGACCAGUGACUGAAUUUAGCAGCAGGGAAAGUGGACAUAUAAAGAAUAGCUUGGCCUCUGCUGUGACCCUUAACUCUCCACUACUAAGCCCCAUUGCUUCUAGCAGCAUGGAUGUAGACUCAGAAAUGGCGUCAGGAUUAUCUCUCUGGACAGACAGCUCCUCAUCACAAGUAGAAGUCAGUUUUCCUGAUCUGGUUUCCACCACAGGAGAUGGACCCUCCCUGGGAACAGAACCUCACAAUCCCAUCCACGAAUCUCUGAGCCCAUGGCCAGGCUCCUUUCCUGCCUUAAGUACUCCCACAGCCUGCACAAGAACAGCUUCCCUUGACACUGCUACUUCAUUGGAGGACCCAGGGCCAGCCAGCCUGACUCCAGAGACUGAGAGAAAACCACAGGCAACACCAACUCCAGUUAUCACCCUGCCUCCAGCCAGCACACAGGAAGUUUGCACAAUAGCAUCUCCCAGUCCUUCUGACACAACCACAGAGGGCAACAGUGUCAAGACAGGGACAACCUCUGUUUCUGAUCAAGUGCCUUCCACUUCCAGCCUCUUCCUAAGUAGUGAUGCUGGUGUGGUGCCAGUCACACAUGCCCAAGGCCAUGAAGCACCAGGAAGCACAGGAGCACUGAUGAGGAGCCCCCUGACAUCUAUGUGUUCUAUUAUGCCCACAGAAUUAAGCACAAGUCUGGCUUCCAGUAUGAACAUUUUUGACACCUAUUUGCCUGAUGAUACCAUUGCCCCAUCGGAUGACUCUUCAGAGUCCACAGUGACUUCAGUAUCACAACCCUCAUACUACAAGAGUUUCACUCUCGACUUCACCAUCACCAACAUGUUGUACAAGCCAGAGAUGGGCGAAAGUGGUUCCAGCACAUUCGAGGCCACUGAGCAUGUCCUGAAGAACCUGCUUAAGGUAUUGUUUGAAAGGAGCAGCCUUGGCUCUCAGUAUUCUGGAUGCAGUGUGAUCUCAUUGAGGUCUCGGAAUAAUGGGACAGCAACAGGAGUGGAUGUGUAUUGCAUUCUUAAGGAAGUCUCUGCCAGUGCUGUCCUGGAAAAAGAGAAAGUUUACUGGGAGUUGACUGAACAGCUCUUUAGAAGAAAGCUAAGCCACUUGAUUAUAGACAAAGACAGCCUCAGUGUGGAUGGGUAUAAUCGUAAGAUGACACUCUUCAGAUCCAGGAAGGGUUUGUUUAAACCUAAUAUCCACAAGGACAUGAAGCAGGAAAUGGAGAGGGCAGGAGAGACAAAGUCCCAAGUAUCAGAGAGUGAGAAUGAUGUAGGGCCCUUCACCCAUAUCCCAGACCAUGCAGCACCAGGAGACAUGACAUCAGUGAACAGUGAAUCUACUGUUGGUGCCAUGGUUAAGAAAUGUCUUUUCUUUCUUUUAUACUGGUAUUCAUCCUUGCUCUGGGCCCUUGUUUUCCAGCUUUCAAAUAUGAUAUGGACUCAUCUUCAUGUCUGAGAACAGGAGGCUCACUGAUGGGGGGGAGUUUGUGA